ACAUGCUUGGUCCCCCAGCAUGCUUCAUCCUCAUCCUUCUCUGCCAGCUCACAGGGCCAGCAACCUCUGGAGCUCCAAAAGAACUGGUUGGUGACCUUGGUGGGUCUGUGACUUUCCCUCUGAAGCUCCCAGGAAUUCAGAUUGACAGCCUUGUCUGGAUCUUCAACACAACCCCUCUCAUCACCAUAGAGCCAAAAACACCAGACAAACAAGCCAAUGUCAUAGUGACCCAGAGUCAUAACAAGGAAAGGCUGGACUUCCUACAUGGAAACUAUUCCCUGAAGCUCAGCAAACUGGAUAAGAGUGACUCGGGUGAUUACCGCGUGGUGAUAUACAGUUCUUCCCUCAAAAACCCCUUCAUCCAGCAGUAUGGGCUGCGUGUCUAUGAGCACCUGUCAAAGCCCAAAGUUACCAUGGGUCUGCAGAACAAUGAGAAUGGCACCUGUGUGACUAAUUUGACAUGCUUCAUGGACCAGGGAGGAGAGGAUGUGACCUACAGUUGGGAGUCCCUGGGGCAGGAGGCCAAUGAGUCCCAUAAUGGCCCCAUCCUCCCCAUAUCCUGGAGGCUGGGAAAAAAGGGCAUGACCUUCAUCUGUGUGGCCAGGAACCCCAUCAGCAGCAAUUCUUCAAACCCCAUCUUUGCCUGGAAGCUCUGUGAAGGUGCUGCUGAUGACUCAGAAUCCUCCAUGGUCCUGUAUGUCCUGUGGGUGCUCUUCCUGUUCAGUGCCUUUGCCCUGGUGCCAGUUAUUCUAAUUAUGCGAAGAGAAAGAAGAAAAGGGUCCAUUGAAGAGAAGAAGGGAAUAGAUACUCAUCAGGAAGUUCUUAACUACUACCCCCCUUCUGGAGAGACUCCAGUGUAUGACACAAUCAUCUGCGUUAAUAACACUAUUCCAGAGGAAAAUCCAGUAAAUACACUUUAUUCCUCUGUGCAAAUACCUCAAAAGAUGGAGAAACCCCACUCUCCACCCACAUCACCAGACACACCAAGGUUAUUUGCCUAUGAGAAUGUGAUCUAA